GACCACUGGAAAUGUUGUGCUGAAAAAUAAAGCCGCCUUCAACGUCAAACUUGAACCUGAUCAACUCACCAAUAACAUGAACGGUUCCAGAGGCAAGGGCAAGGGCAAGGGCAAGAGCAACGAUCGUGAGGCAGAGGCUUCAGAACUGGCGACAUACUUUGCAAAGUUCUCUGGGGCACUGACACGACUGGAGGAGGAAUUGGUGCGAUGGAAGAAUUAUGAGACGGACUAUGAGGCUCUCAAGGCCACCUUGCUUGACUUGCCCAAAGAGACUACGCACUCUGUCAUGGUUCCGAUUGGCAACUUGGCCUUCAUGCCAGGAAAACUAGUCCACACAAACGAGGUACUAGUCAUGCUUGGAGACAACUGGUUCGCUGAUCGGUCUGCUGUCCAGGCCGCCGAGAUCGUGGAUAGACGCAUGCAGCUUGUUCAAGAAAACAUUGCAAAACUUAAGGCUCAGGAAGAACAGAUCCGGGACAAGAGCGGGAUGGCUCCUGGGCUUUUAGGAGGACAAGACUAUAAUGAAGAAGGACUUCCCAUUGUUGAAAUCACAGAACCUUACUAUUCGGACGACGAAGACGACAAGGAAGACAAGGACAAGUCUGUACAGUCAGGUCUGCUUCCAUUUUCUCAAAAGACACCCGAGGAACAAGCAGAGGAUCGCGCUAUCCUAGACAGGAUCGCAGAACUGGAGCGCGAGGACGAAGAACGGGAACGCCGAAGAGAGGCUGGAGAGAUUGUCACGUCGGACGAGGAGACUGAAUCGGAUGAUAAUGGCAUGCCGGAAGGCUAUGAUGACGGCGAGAGCGAGGACGAGUUUAGACCUAAGGCAUUGGAUUCAGACGAGGAAUAUGAGGAAGAGGUCUGGGAACAUUCUGCUGAUGAAGACGAGUUUGAGGAGGAAGAACUUGAACAAGAUAUCGGAGGUUCAUCAAGGAAAUCGGUCCGUUUUGCAGAUCAGGUUGCCAAGGCUACCAAGUUGAAGCUCAACAACGGCAACAAUAACCAGAAAGCAGUACCUUCCAUCAAGCCAAAGUCACCCUCGGAUCUUAUCAACCAAAUGAGGUCCAAGCAGCAGGAGGGUGGUCGGGCGUCUUCCGGAUUGGAUCAAUUGGUUACGAUUGAUAAUCUGGAAUCAGCUCUCGCUAACAUGAACACUGGAGCGUCUGAAGCGUCAGCAGAAACAACAGCACCUACCUCUCUGAAAUCAGCACUGAAGCCCCUGCCCAAAAAAACGUCGCUGUUCAAACAGCUGAGAGCGGAGGUACAAGCACAGGGGCCAGAAAAGAAGACUUUACUGGAGUCGAUUAAGCCAGCAGAACAGCAGGCUGUCCAGGGUGCUCAGGAGACAUCAUCCAAGAAGAUGUCCAAAUUUGCGAGGGAUCGUGCAGCUGCAGCUGGAAGAACAAUAGAGUCUUCGAAUAGCAAGCCAACUCCACCUGAACCUGCUGUCGGAAGUAUUUCCGAGCGGGCGUUCGAGAGGAACGUCGUAACGCCACCAUCACCUGGCAAACAAACAACUCCUGGGGUCUCGGAUGUAGUUGAGAGGAACGUUGCUGUGCCACCGCCAUCGAUCAUCGAGGAGACGUCCUCGACAGCCCCUGAAAUGCAUGAGCGGAAAAGCGUUGUCGUUUCAGCUAUCAAGGAGAGCACCUCUACACCUCUAUCAAUUGUGGGAGUCAAGGACGUUAUUGCAAACACCUUUACCAAACCAUCGAUCACAACGGCCAAAAAGGAAGAAGUAGGUCUGAGCCCUCGCCGCAAAAAGCCAUCUCUCUUCCGUCAACACCAGCAACAACAAAAGUCGCGGGCGUACCUAGAGCCGGAACCUGCAGUACCGGAUUCGAGUUUUCAACAGGACGAGGCAGAUAAGGCAGAUGAGGACGAUCCAUAUGGCCCCGAGAGGAUAGUGCCUCAGGUAACACCCGCUCGAUCUACUCCUAAGGGAUCUGUUGUUGAAAAGGCACCACCGGAAAUUGCGAAGGCUCAGCGAUCAGCGGAUUCUAAACAAUUAAGCUCACCUACGUUGCGCACCAUUCCUGUCGUAGCCAGUUCUAAGCUCAAGGACACUGCGCUGAUGAAGGGAGCCGUUGUUGAGCACGAGGAACUUGAAUCGGUGGAUGAGGAUGAACUCGAGGACGAUAUGCUGAUGCGACAGGUGGUGAGUGAAUACCAGGAGCGCAGGCAAGCUAUGAUUGCGAAACACGGGGCGUUCAACCGGGAGGGGAUUGAGCGGCUAUGGGAAGAACAAGUAGUUAUCCCUCCCGGUAUGAUCAUUUCAGAACCACAGGCCAAGGUCAUCGACAGCCAAAAGGAAGAGGACGGUGAAGAAAAUGCUGAAGAAAACGAUGAAGAAAACGACGAAGAAAAUGACGAAGAAAACGACGAAGAGGACGAUGAAGUAGCGGUGGAUGCCGAAGUGGACGAUAGAAAUCAGCCUCCCAAGAAACUGUCCUUAUUCCGUGCUUCUAGACUUGCGGGCAAACUGGCAAAAGAAUAAAUGUGGACGCCCCAUG